AUGCCCGCGCUCGGCCCGACACUCGGGCCGGGUCACUUGUCCCAGCCGCAGCCAGAUCCAAACUCCAGCCCUUGCACGCCUGGCGUUCCUGCAGCACCGCACUCUGCGCAAAAGCCGCGGGCGUCCGGGCCUUUCGUCCGUGGUCAGCGUGCCUCCUUGGCGAGGGGCGAUGCGAACUAUUUGCUGAUGGGGCCGCCAUCCCCGGCCCCGCUGAUCGUCUGCGUGCACGGCUUAAACGGCUCCAUCUCCAGCUUUGAGAGCCUGGCGCCCCGCUUGGCAGAAUUGGGCUUCCGGGUCCUCUGCUUCGAUUUGUACGGGUUUGGGCUGAGCGCCGCGCCCUCGGGCCGCCUUGACUUGCAGGCCUACGUGGACCAGGUGUCGGCACUGCUGCAGGCGGUGAAAGUGCCGCCCGCGGAAAAGGUGCUUCUACUUGGAUUCAGCAUGGGCGGGGUCAUCGCCGUGGAAUUUGCACUUCGUUUCCCAGACAGGGUGGCGAAGCUGCUUUUGGUUGCUCCGGGUGGCUUGCUGCAGAGGUCGAAGACACCUUGUCAGCCGCUGCUGUUCGGAUGCUUGCGAACUCGACUUGGAGGACUCCUCCUGGCUUCGGCCACCGCCCUUGCGUGCUGCUGCAGCUGCUGUGCCCGCCGAGCUCUUGCUGGGGACAAGUUGGCAGAUCGCUUUGAGCUGGAUGUGCGGGAGCCGGAAAAGUUCAAGAAUGUUGCAAGACAAAAUGGUGAGCGGUUCCUCUGGAACUUCCGCCGUUCUGUGAACUCCUACCUCCGCGUGCUGCGGCGGAUGCCUCUUUGGAGCGACGACUUCCAGGACUCCUAUGCGAGACUGGCGAAGGGAAGCGUUCCCACCCUCUUCGUCUGGGGCGACAGCGACUGCACCGUGCCCUUCAGCGAGGCAGAGCACGCAGUUCGCGACCUCUUUUCCCCAGUUGGCGUCUCCUGCUGCAUGCUGCCCGAAUCAGGGCACGGCUUGCUGAUCGAGGAUGCCGAGCAAGUGUCUUCCAUUGCGUCAGCUUGGUUUCAUGACCUCAAGGAUCCAGCCUGGAUCGGCUUCUUGGCCCGUUGGAGGUUGACUCCAAGCUCCGCAGCGCCCACGGUUCUCGGCGCUGUCUGA